AUGGCAGCGGUUUUCAGACGCACUGUCCUGAAGCUCUUACAGUUGCAGGAGUCUUCGCAUUGCGUUAGGUUUUCAGUGAAAGAUAGAAGUCAGUACCGCUCGCUGUGGUCAGUCCAGAAUCACCAUAUACAAGCUCAACUGUCACAGAACAAACCAUGCUCAGUACGAUGGCUGUCAGUUUUUACAGAAGACACACCAAACCCCAGAAGUAUAAAGUUCCUACCUGGGAAGCCUGUGCUGGGAACAGGAAGUCUAGACUUCCCAACUUCAGGUUCUGCAGAGUGUUCUUCUUUAGCCAGGAAUCUUUUUCAGGUUGAAGGGGUGAAAAGUGUGUUUUUUGGCCCUGAUUUCAUCACAAUUACAAAGAUGGAUGGUGUUGAGUGGGCACCAGUUAAACGGCAUGCGAUUGAGAUCAUCGCAAAGUUCUUUGAAAGUGGAGAACCUGUAAUAACAGGAGUAACACAUCCAGAGAACAAUGUGUCAGAGGAGGAUGAUGAGAUCGUCGCAAUGAUUAAAGAGCUUUUAGACACUCGAAUCAGGCCUACUGUACAGGAGGAUGGUGGUGAUGUUAUCUUUAAGGGCUUUGAGGAUGGCACAGUGAAGCUGAAGCUUGUUGGCUCUUGCACAGGCUGUCCCAGUUCUACAGUUACUCUGAAAAGCGGCAUUCAGAACAUGCUGCAGUUCUACAUCCCAGAGGUGGAUGAUGUUGAACAGGUGGUGGAUGAAGUGGAUGAAAUCAACAUGAAGGAGUUUUUAGAACUGGAGAAAAAAUUAAAAGAUUCGUAGUCCCAGCUUGUUUUGAUGACCUGCAGAGAGAAAGACCAAGAACAUCGACCAGUGGCCAUUAUACCCAGUUGUAAUAGUAUACUGAUCUCUAAGUAAUUAUUCAUCUUACUUUAUCCUGGUCAGGGUAAUGGUGGAUUUGGAGACAACCCUAGGAACACUAGGCAUGAGGUGCGAAUACAUCCUCGAUGGGAUGCCAGUUCGUUGCAGAGCACUGUGCGCAUACACACACACACACACAUUUGCAUGUUCACACACUUACUCACAUUUUUGGUUAUACAAUAAUUAACAGUACACAAAAACUUCAUAAUAAAGGUUAUAAAUUAUGCAUUGUAGAACAUAAUAAGUCAAAGUUUUUUUUGUUUUUUAUUUUUUAUUAACAAAGCUAUACUACAAGUUCUCAUUUACUUUUUUAUUUCAGCAUACCCAUGGUUUAACCCUACAUUGUAUAUAAUGUAAGAUAGCCUUUAAAGACAGGACUGAAUACCUAUUGUGCUGAAUAGAGCUAUUUAAUAAUGUAAUAAUGUAAAUGCCUGAAUUAUCCACUAAACAUAACAAAGCAAAUAUAAUUCUGGUGUAGCUUGAAGUGUAUUGCAUUCUAUUCACAAUUGUCAAACAACAAAAACCUGUCUGUUGUUCUGCUUUUAGUGCUUUAGUGCAGUAUUGUAAAUAUCACUUUGAAACUGUAAAGCGUUGACCCUGAAUCCAGGCAACUGUCUGUGGAGUUUUGUAUGUUCUCCCCAUGUUCAUAUAGGCCAAGCACAGCGCCUUGCGAUCCAGGGUGUAUUAAUACCUCAUAUUUAGUGUUCUGGCUUUGGAUUUGCUAUGACCCUGACCAGAAUAAAGAUGUUAUUGAAAAUUAA